CGGCAACGGAUUCACGUGUACACAUUUCGGUCUCGCCCACGGACACACAAGCACAGACCGUGGUCGGUGUUUAGAAAGUCCGACAACGAGAACACGGUGAGGUACACCUUGGUACCAGAAGACAUACCCAUCAGAAAGGUGUACCAGAAGGUUCACUAGCUUCACAGCUGGUGGGGGUAACGGUAAGCUAGCGGUGUCAGACGGUGCCGGGCACUCACUGCUCGUCGAUUCGCCGAGCGAUCGACAUCGAGUGUACUCGUCGAUCGAGAAAAAGAGGAUUUAUCGUCAUUGAAGGGUCCUUGCACGAAAGAACACCGGUUGUCAAUCAGUGUCCGAUACAGGUACAGAAGAUGGAGAAAGAACAACCGGAUUCUUUGGCCACGGUAGCCGUUGUCUCGGAGAAGAUGCCUCAUCCGCCUCACAGCAAUUACGCCCCCAGCGAGGUCUACUCCUCUGCCGAACCACCACCGGCAUACAUGAGGCCAAAAAGCACGGCGGUCCAAAUUGCAAGGAUCGCGGCUGUCACCUUAGUGACUAUGUCUGUGGUCCUUGGAAGCUUCAUACUUGCAGCGUCCUGGGUUCAAGCUCGAGCAUCCUGCACCCCCGAAUCUAUUGCCGCGAUGCAGGCAGAAUUAAGGUUCCAACAACAACAGCAACAACCCUCAGUCUCUUAUCAGCAAGGUGAAUUUUUGAAGCAUCUGCAGCCGGAAGCUCUGAUCCAGGAGACCAGCGAGACGAAGGAGGCGCAGCAAACUCUCGCUGAGCAAACACCUGUUAAGAAAGAGGUAGUACCAGACACCAAGGACAUAAAAAUCCAGAAAGAAGAUGAAAAUAAUUCGAAGUCAGACAAUGAAAACAGCGAUCAUGACGUUGACGACGAUGACUACGAUGACGACGAGUUCCCUCCUGUUCACAUUAAGCUACCCCUUCAAUUCGAUUUUGACGAAAUUGCAGGCACUUUGAUUCAGGAGGCACGCAGCCGAGUAUCUUGCGUGGUUGAAAGACGAAGGGCUGACCAAGUGAUGGACGGUGCUAAUAACAGUGUGGAGAACAACACUGACUCUCGUUACCAGAGACUGAGCGGAGAGCGCGUCGCCAUUUUGUGUGAAUCUGGCAAUCCUCAUCAAGAACAGCAGGACCAGGAAAUGCUUACACCGAUCAUUAUUCCUUUGGGAACCGUUCAAGUACCUCUUCAAUCUCAGGAGCCAAAUCCAGGUUAUCAUCAAUAUCAAAUACACACUCAAUAUCAAGUUCCUGACAUGCAACAGUUGCCCCUUAGUGACCCACGUGGACUGAAUCACAUUCCACCUGGUGUUCUUCCACCGGAAUUACGAAACCUUCCUCAAGUUACCAUGGAAAUGAGACCACCACGAAUGGGACCACAGGCCCCCAUGAUGGGACCACAAAAUCCGAUGAUGGGACCGCAGAACCCUGCGAUGGGACCACAGAACCCUGCAAUGGGACCACAAGUUGAGAUCCGCCGAAUUCCCAUCGAACUGCAUCACUACCCAGUGAACCCAAUCAGAGGAAUGCGACCACCAAUGCCCCAGGAGCAACAACAAGUGCCCAUGAUGUAUCACCAAGUCGAACAAGCACCCGGAGCAUAUAAUCAAGAACAGGGUCCAGCAAUGAUGCCGCCUCCAGCACCACAAGCAGAAGCUCAAAUUCACGAACAGAGAGUGAUUCCCCAUAUGCUAAUACCGCAAACCGAGCAGCGACCAGCGCAAGUACCGCCUCAAGUACAACCUCAGAUGCAACCCCAACCUCAAGCUCAGCCUCAGCCUGAACCGCAACCACAGUCUCAGGUUGCUGACAGACAGCGCUCUCCCUUCCAAGGCAUUCCAUUUGAAAUUCGAAGAAUCAUUCAACAAGUGCCUGUCGAGAUCAAGAAUAUCAUUCAACAUAUCACUGGCGAAGGGAGACCCAUCCCUGUACAAGUACCUGAAGGUGCUCGCCGCGAGAACGUUCAAGAAUUCAAACCGUUCCCGGAAGGAGCACAGCCCAUUCCUCUCGGACUUCCACUUCCAGUAGAAGUCCGAAAUUUGUUGGAGCAUGGAAGCAUGGAGAGUCGUCAGCGACAGGAUAGUUCUAGCGAACAACAGGAAGCCAAAUCUUACUCUGGAUCGGACGAGGAUAGUGAAGAGGAAAGAAACUUCCCAGUACCGGCUGAAAUUCGAAACAUAAUUCACCAGGUCGUAGAAGGCAACGCUUUCCCGGUACCAAGAUUUGCCCUGCCAUUGAGACCUGUCGAAUCCUUGGAAAUACCAGUGGAAGCUCGUGCUGAAGUUUCUGAUGGUCAAAUGCCCGAACAAGAUCAAGAGCGACAACCGGAGCAACAGCAACACGUGACUCAUAUGAUGAUACAACAACAGCAUCAACAACAACAACAAGCGCAACAGCAACCACAACAGGAACAAGAAGAGGAGAGUCGUCCGCACUAUGUGCAACCACGUUCGGUGCGCUCCAUCCCAGAGGCUUUCACUCACCGCCGUGAGAAACGCGUACGCCGUUGUGCUUGUGAUUGCGCUUGUUAAUUUUACAUUCAACGCACGAAUGUCCCGUAAUACCCUGGUUAAAGAGAACAUCCAUUCCCUCCAAAAAAAGACAAAAAAAACAUUUCGAAACAUGUUUGACAAGUUCCUUUAACCCGAAAAAAUCUUUCAAAGAAUUCUAACACGAAUCUUUCCCUUCGAGUUUUACAUUUUCAUAAACCUUGGUCAUAUGAGCAGGUACUGAUGGAAGAGGACCCAAUGGGACAAGAGCUUCAAAUGAACCGUUUCGUUGUGUUUGUAUUACCACGCUGUAAAACAGCAAAGCCACUUUUUAGGCUGGAAGUAAAUAAAUUGAAAAUAAAAAUAUGUGGCGCGGAGGAUUAUGUAGAAUAUAGAGACUUGUAUCGAGAGAAAACAUAUAAGGUGAUCCAUCAAUAUAAGUGAUAUUUUUUUAACUAACUCCGGCAGAGAUAUUAACUUUGUCGUUAUUUCUUCGGUAACAUUUAUUAUACAGGAGAGAAAUCUGUGAUCGUUUCUUUCGUAAAACAGUUCUAAUUUUUGGAAUAAAAGACAUGCACAACGAUCAUUGUAUUAUGGCCAAGAAAAAUUUCCAAUUCCUUAACUCGAUUAACUAAUCGUCUCGCUAUGUUUAGGUUGAAGAAACUAAAAUAAAGUUUUAAGACUCUUCUGUAAUGUUCAAACUGAUUGGUGUGUGUAUUAUUAUAAUUCUGAUCUAUACUUUUGCAGACUAACUUCUGAACCUCACUUUGUACUUACGAUAAAUUUUAAGGUAUGGACACUUCUCUAUUUCUGUACAACUUACACACACGAAUAAUUUUCUUUUCAUGACAAUAAAGCGAUAAGAGUAUUGGUUAGAUUCAA